AGGAACGGUCGGCCGCGACAGCUGCGGGCCGCGGGCCGAGAAGUCGGGGCGCCAUGGAGCGGGCCAGGGCCGCGGCCGCCCAGGAAGAGCGGCAGAACAAGCUUCAGGAGUAUUUAGCAGCUAAAGGAAAGCUGAAAUGUCCAAAUACAAAACCCUAUUUAAAGGACCGGACCAAUCAGCCAAAUCCACAGUUACCACCACUUUCUAAAUCAGGGCCUGUUGUCCAGACCAAGAAGGAUGUUCUCUCAAAAGUGUCCAAAUGCAUACCAAAGGAUCAUGCACCUGCUGUCAAAAAUACAAGAAGUGCAGGUCAUGCUCUUCAGCACAGGUCCUCAAAUGCCCCUGGGUCCCAGAGGCCAAAAACUGUACCUCCCAACCUUCUGGGAAGGAGUACAAGGCCACCUGCCAACCUUCUGCCAAACAAAAGCCAUUGUGUGCAACUGAACAGAAUGGCAACAUCUUCUACCUGUCAUCAGUUAAAUCAAAUACAAGAGACUGGGAAAUCUGAAAAUCGGGAGACAGUCACAGAUCAAAGGGCUGUAAUGUUGACCCAGACUGGAAAAGAUCCCCAGUGUGGGGAGCACCACUCAGUAACUGAGAAUUUGCAAAAAAUGGUAGACUGUGAUAAAGUAAACCUUCCUAGUAAAACCACUCUAGAAUCUUCUGAGAACAGGACAGAGUCUGGGCUGGACAUCAAAGUACAAUCUAGGACUGGUUUAAACAAGCCAGAGAGCAAAAUAGGUUUGGUUCACAGGCAUACCUUGGGCACAGCUCCAAGGAAUAAUGUGGGUCUGAAAGACCGAGUUACUGCCUGUUGGACCAGUAAGGAACUAAUUCAGAAUAAACUAGCAAAAUCUCCACCUGGCUGUAAAGUCAUGUGUCCUCAAAGACCAAGCAGCAAAGCCCUGGGGUCAGUGCCUCCUUCCCAGAUAUUUACUGUUUCUAGGACUUGGCUAUCCAAGAAAUCAGGUGCAGAAAAACAGUGUCUACGUCCCAGUUUUGUGAGGCAAAACACAGUGAAAUUACAGGCAGUUGGAAGGCUCAGUCUUGCAAGACAGCCCACACAAAAGCAAUAUGUGAAGCACUCAAGAACAUGUAAAACUCCUGGCACUCUGGAAGUUGGAAGGUCCAAACAACAGGCUAGAGCUGGACAAGAUUUGAAACUGACAAGGUGUCCCAUAAAUUCUCAUGUCUCCAAGAGGCCCUCUGUGAUGGAACUGAAAGCAAAAUCAAAACCCAUGUCAGAGAGACCCAAUUCAAAAACAAGUGGCACAGCCAACUGGCAAAUGAAUGCAACAAAAGGGAAGCAGUGCAUUAAAGACUUGAGGGAAGCUUCUCAGACUUGUAAUACAAAAUCCAAAAGCACUCUCCCCAGAAAUUGUACUGCAAGCACAUGCAUGUCCAGAGACCAAACCAGUGUUGGCAUGCUUAGGAAUAUGAGAGAAACACCUAAGCGGGAGCUGUUAAGGGUAAAAGAGGUUCUGGGUAAUCAGGAUCCCAAGACCUCAGCUGCUGAGAAUCGCAAGAAGCAACUGAAGCAGUGGUUGGCAUCCAAAGGGAAAUCGUAUAAACGUCCGCCCAUGACACUGCCUGCUAAAAAGUCAGUCAAGACGAUGAUGAACCUGUCCUUCUGGAAUGGCAUGGAGGAGGAGGAGAAGAGAAAGCAGCUCUGUGUGUCGGACAAGAUCAACAGCAUGUUGACAGAGUGUCUGGAACUCGCUGAGAAGGGUUUUCCUUCAGAGGAGCUCUUCACCACAUUGUCCAGUGUUCCAGAGGCAGAGAAGUUUGCAAAGUUCUGGAUAUGCAAGGCAAAGCUGCUGGCUCGUAAUGGCACCAUUGACAUGACUGGGUUGUAUAAAGCAGCGGUUUGUGCUGGUGCUGCGCCAAUCCAGGAGCUGAGAGAAGUUGUUGUUGAGUUUUUGAAAAAUACAGACAACGCAUCCCAAGGAGUCCCUGCAGACCCUUCUGCUGAAGUCGGCUCUCUCUCAGUGGAGGAUACAUCUGAACAGCCAGUGCUUCAGGGGCCCAGAACUCCUUGCCCUGGCUUGAGAGAGCAGGUUGUGGCAACUCCACAAUCCAGUUUAAGGUUCUUGACUAGCAAGCCAGUCUCCUUGGUCAAGUUACAAGUUGUCCCAAUGCCCAGAAUGAAGGGACUGUCUAAUAUGCAAGACUGGAAAUUCUUAACCCCAGUGCGGCGUUCUCUGCGGAUAGAGCAUGCCAUAUCCCGCUACCCAGAGAUGCUGAAGGAACAUGACACUGUAGUGUCUUCCCUUGAUGAAAUAAUGGCCAUGGAGGAUGUGAGCCAGUUCGUGUUUCGUAAAAAUGAGGCCCUGCUGGAAGAGGAGGACCUGAAGCUUUAGGGCUUGUAGUGCUCAGAAGGGAAAUGCUGCAGCAAGAACAUCCAAAGCAUUUCCACUGCAUCAAAAGGGGCUCCAAGUACAGGCUGGUGGCACCCACAAUGUUAUCCAAGCUUCAUGGCCAGAGCUUCUGUUAUGCCUGACUAAAGGGGAGGCUGUAAAUAUCCUGGGGGAAAUGUGUAAAUUGCCUUUCUACAGUGUUACUACUCUUAAUAAUGUACAUACCCUGUGACACAGUAUAACCUAGCACAUUGCACACUAGCCUGGGACACAAGGUAGCUGUUUUUGGCUCUACUACUGGCCUGCUAGGUGACCUUGAACAACUCAUUUCAUCUCUCUGUGCCUCAGAUUUCCCAUAUAUAAAAUAGGGGAGAAUAAUACUGACCUCCUUUGUAAAGUGCUGUGAGAUCAAUGCAUGGAAGAGCACUAUGUAAGACCUAGGUGGUGGUACUGUGAUGAAUAAACUAAUGCUGAAUACUUGGAGCCAUUAAA